ACGUAAUGACGACAUUCUACAUCCGGUCUGUGUUCCGCUCGCUGUCUUCGCGCGAAAUUUACCCAACUUCUCAGAGUUGUGAGACCUAGACAGACACUAGCCUGAUGCUAAUGGAACUGGUCUUAACUGUUUACACUGGCGGGCGCUGAACACGACAGCUGUGGUGUGACACUGUUUGAGCGAUCUGUGUUGUGUUUCUUUGACCCGAGACUGAAGUCCCACCGCGGCCAGGCUGCUGUUAGCUGAAGCUAACUGCCCGGCUACAUAACAUACGUGGAGAAGAGCCCCCUGUCUAGAGACUGGACAGAACCUUCACCCUUAAUUAGGCUGAUGGUGCACGGACCUAUUCAAGAUGAACUGUGAACUUCUGGCAACGUGCAGUGCUCUUGGCUAUCUUGAAGGAGACACCUAUCACAAGGAGGCUGAUUGCUUGGAGAGCGUGAAAGACUUGAUCAGGUAUUUACGUCAUGAAGAUGACACCCGUGAUGUCCGCCAGCAGCUGGGUGCAGGCCAGAUUGUGCAGAAUGAUCUUUUACCUAUUAUCGUUCAGCAUGGACAAGACCGAACCUUAUUUGAUGUGUGCAUCAGGCUCAUGGUUAACCUCACUCAGCCUGCCAUGCUUUGCUUUGGUAAAAUCCCUGAUGACCCAGUGUUUCGACAUCACUUUUUGCAAGUGACAUCUCAUUUACAAGCCUAUAAAGAGGCAUUUGCCAGUGAAAGGGUGUUUUGCAUUUUAAGUGAGACAUUGUACAGCCUUCUGCAGCUGGACUGGGACCAGCGACAGGAGGAGGAUAACCUGCUGAUAGAGAGGAUCCUGCUGCUGGCCAGGAAUGUGCUUCAUGUACCUGCCGACCCCUGUGAAGAGAAGAAAGUAGAUGAUGAUGCCAGUGUCCAUGACAGGCUGCUGUGGGCCAUUCACAUGAGCGGUUUUGAUGACCUGGUGAAGUUCCUGGCGACUGCCCAGAGUGAGCAGCAGUGGAGUAUGCAUGUAUUGGAAAUAAUCUCCCUCAUGUUCAGAGACCAGACGCCAGAAAUUUUGGUGAGCGCUGGUCAGGCUCGAUCAGCAGAAGAGAAGCACAGAGAUUCUCAGGAACUGGAGGCACUGAGGCAGAAGGAGAGCGCAGAGAAACAUUCUCGUACAUUACAAAGAGGAACCAGACACUCUCGCUUUGGAGGGUCCUAUGUUAUUCGGGGUCUCAAGUCAAUCGGAGACAAAGAUGUGAUCUAUCACAGAAAUCUUCAUAAUUUUAAAAGCUACACUCAUGACACUGGCAAAGCAGUGAGGCGUGUUCCCAAGAGGAAUCGACAGGCCCAGGAAUCUAAAGUCAAGCGCCGUUCAGCCUUAAAUGUUCGAAUCUUCCUUCGAGAGUUUUGUGUGGACUUCUUGGAGAACUGCUACAAUCGGCUCAUGUACCUUGUCAAGGAGGGUCUGAUUCGAGAGCAGACUCAGCAACAUGAUGAGACCUAUUACCUCUGGGCGCUCAGCUUUUUCAUGGCUUUCAAUCGUGGCAACGGAUUCCGUGCUGACUUGGUUUCUGAGACCAUGUCCAUCCGUGCUUUCCAUUUCAUUGAGCGUAACAUCACCAACUACUAUGAGAUGAUGCUUACUGACCGCAAAGAGGCCACGUCCUGGUCCCGCAGGAUGCACCUGGCUCUGAAGGCAUAUCAAGAACUGCUGUUAUCUGUGAAUGAGAUGGACCGCUCACAGGACGAAAGCAUCCGUCAGAGUUCCAGCGUCAUUAAAAGUAACAUAUUCUACCUCAUGGAAUAUAGGGAGAUUUUCCUGACCUUGCUGAGGAAGUAUGAUGAAACCAGGCAGCCUCCCUCUUACCUCAAAGACUUGGUGGAGUCAACUCAUCUCUUCAUGCGUAUGCUGGAACGUUUCUGCAAAGGCCGCAGAAACCUGAUGGUUCAGAAGAAGAAGGUGAGGCGGAAAAAGUCUCGAGGUGCAAAAAAGCCAUCCACUCCAGAAACUAGCCCAGAAGCUCUGGCGGAGACCUGGAAGAUUGUGGAGGAGGAGCUGAAGGCUAUAGGGUUUCAGCUGUCUGAAGCUUUAACCCAAAGUGUUGUGCCGUUCGACGCCACAUCGGAGACUCCUCUCGAGGAGCAGCGGGCUGAGGCUAUGGUGCGAGUGCAGGACGCCCUACUGGCUCGACUGGGACCAGAAGCACUGGGAUUGCUGCGAGCUGCCAGGGAGGUGUGGCCAGAUGGAGACGUGUUUGGUUCAGCUGAUGUGGACCCUGAAGAGGAACUGGAACUCCUCAAGCAGAUCCUGCACGCCAACCUGCCAAGGUCCUCUCCUCUGGAGCCUGUAGUGGAAGAGGAGGAGGAUGGAGCAGAGUUAGAAGAAGAAGAAGAAGAAGAGUUGGAGUCUGUGCAGGUUUCUGAAACAGAGUUCAACUUUCUAGACUUCAUCAAGAGGUUUGCCAACCCUGGCGUCCUGCGCCCAUACCUCCUCCUUCUAAAGUCAUACUCAAAAAACACACCUCACGUAAACCACUGCAUUAUUCGAAUGCUGCACCGCCUGGCUGUCGACCUCAAAAUGGACGCGCUGCUUUUCCAGCUGUCGGUCUUCAACCUUUUCAACAAAAUCCUGAGUGACCCUGCUGCAGCUGCUUACAUGGAAAUAGUGACCUUUGCCAAGUACGUGUUGAAUCGAUUCUUUUCACUGGUUGCACAAAACAACAAGGCAUAUGUGGAACUGCUGUUCUGGAAAAAUGUGGGGGCUGUACGUGAGAUGACAGAGGGCUACAGCAAAGAGGACAAGGGAAAGAAACCAACAUGGACUGAAGAGGAGGAAGAGGAGUUGCGCAGGCUCUAUGAGGAGCACCGGCAUUCUGAAGUGCCAGAUAUAGUGGAGACUCUGCUGCCAUUACUCGGCAACAACACCCGCACUCGGCGCCAGGUAGUGACGCAGCUGGUGCAUAUGGGCCUGGUGGACGACGCUAAGGAACUGAAGAAGCAGAAGAAAGGCACCCAGAUUGUUCUUUGGACUGAGGAGCAGGAGCAAGAGCUGCAGAUGCUGUUUGAGGAGUACAAAGACUCUGAUGAUGUGCUGGGUAAUAUCCUAAGAAAGCUCACAGCCAAGCGGUCCCGUGCACGUGUGGUGGACAAGCUGCUCAGCAUGGGCAUGGUAUCUGAGAGACGCGAGCUUUAUAAGAAGAAAAGUCGUAACGCUCCAGGGAAGAGCUCUGGAAAAGGAAUGACUGAAGAAGAGUUCCUUGCAGAACUAACUCAAGGUGUCUCAGAUGAUUUCCUGGAUAGAGAGGAUGGAGAGGACAAGUCUGAAGAGAGUGAAGAAGAGGAGGAUGAUGAGCGGGAGAUGGAAGAAUCAGAAAACAGCACAAAGAAAAGCCAAAGCAUACACCCCACAGUGGAAAGGAGAGCAGAUGUGGGCCUCAUGGUGAAGGCGCUACAACAGGAAGGCAUGUCUGGACCCCUGUUAUGGAUACAGAAUUGUCUUAAUAAAACAGCAGAGGACCGUGAAAAAGAUGGUUUUUCCCAGCCGGUGGCACUAGUCCCUCUGGCAGAGGCAAAUGAAGACGCUAUGGACAACAAGAGCUUCCAGAGGCUGUUACGCAAACUGGGAAUGCGACCGCCUGCAAGUGAGCAGGAGAUUUUCUGGAGAAUCCCAGCAAAAAUCAGCGCAUCCCAGCUCCGGAGUGCAGCCGCAGCUCUUAAUCCACAAGAGGACGAACCUAAAUAUGGCGAGGAGCAAGAAAGGCCCAGGAGCCCAGCUGCAGAAGCCCAUGAGGAUGAGGUCUCAGGUGAACAGAGAGCUCAAGCUCUGAGAGCUCUGCUACUCGCACGCAGGAAGAAGCACCACAGCACCGAGCAUACCGAUCCUGUGGAAGAUGUCAGCCCUGAUGAGGAUAUGGACAGUGCAAUUGCGAGGUCCCAAGAGAAAACCUCAACUAAAAGAAGCAGAGUGUUGGAUGAGGACAAUGAGGAUGAGUCCACCGCUCGGAUGGAUGUGGAUACCAAUAGUGAUGCGGAUUCAGACAGGGAGGAUAUCUCUGCUCCUGUGAAGCGUAGACGGAGGAUGGCCUUAAUUGAUGAAGGGGAAGAUGAGGAUUAGUGAGUUUGAUGGACUAAACAUUGCAGACCGGGGAGA